UUUAUGUCGCGUUUUUAAUUUCAUGUGUAUAUAAAAUCAUUAAAAACAACAUUUAUAAUUCUAAUCACCUUUUUCCUACCAUGUAACUAUGUGGCAAAGUGUAUUUAUAUCGAACUUAUGAUUAGAAAUAAAAAGGAAGAUGAUUUCAUAUUUACGGUUGAUUAAGAUUUCAAGCUUACCUGUAGAUGCCAAACUUCAAGUGAAAAUGUUCAUGAACCAACUAACAGUUUUUGAUAUGGAUAAAAUAACAGCUUUUGGAAUUUUCAAUGUAAAUUUGAAUCUCGUUAUGUCGAAAAGGAAGAUGAUUUCAUAUUUACGGUUGAUUAGGAUUUCAAGUUUAGCUGUUGAAACAAAACUCCAAGUGAAAAUGUUCAUGAACCAACUAACGGUUUUUGAUAUGGAUGGAAUAUCAGCUUUUGGAAUUUUCAACAUUAAUUUGAAUCUUGUUAUGGCAAUUAUUAUACUACUUAUAACUGGAUUGACAACAUUGUUACAGAUGAAAAACAAUUCAAAUAUGAUACAGUAUAUGAAUAAUACAUUAGUUUUUUAUGAAAAUAUUUCUAAGCCAUCUUAAUAUUGCUAUAAGUGUGUACUAAAAAACUUCAAUUUAAUACUUAAAUAAUUAAUUUUUAUUCAC